AUGAGCGGCACCACGACCGAUUAUGGGCGAGUCCCAAUGUUCCAGAAUACGCUCACCAGUCAACGCCGAUUCCCGGCGCUAUCAACCAGUGAUGGAGGACUCUCACGCUUGAAUUUGAAAGACUCAGACCAGUUACUUGUGGAGCAGCUGCAGGAGGUCGGUCUGCGGAUGACAUUGACUGACUAUGAUCUAAGUCAACCGCGAAAUCCAGCCGAGGCUGCCGAGAGUCUUGCUGAGGCGACUACGUAUGCGAUUUUCAAUGACGGGUUGGGUGUGCACGCUACUAACCCUGGUCAUCAAGGUGAACCAUGCAAAACGCUGACGAAUUAA